AUGAAGACGACCCAGUCUUCUUGGCCACCACACCACCGAUUUAACAAACAUGUUGAUGAAGACGAAUAUAAUGAAACCAAAGAGCGAGCUUAUCAAUUUGUGAUUGGAGUUAGUGGAAUCUUCUCGGUAACUUCGAUGUUAUGUUUAUGUUUGGUAGUGCCAUCAAUGUAUAACUAUGUUGACACGAUGGGGGCUUUCAAUCGACGGGAUUUUGCUUAUUGUGAGGUAAGAGUUUUUUACAUCUUUCUUCAGAAAUGAAGCUGUUUUGACAUUUUUUAUUAGAAAUGAGGACGUUUUGACAUUUAUGACAACAUUUCAGAGUACGACGAUAGACAUGGAAACAGAAAUGGAAUCAAUGAGCAUUAAAUUCCUAGAAGACAGUCAGAACAAAACAAAGCGUGCCACGAACUAUGGCGGCUACAACCCUACCCUACUUCACCCCAACGCCCCCACCUUCCAAGAAUGCCCAGCUUGUUGUGUACCAGGCGAGCGAGGACCAUCUGGAGAUGCUGGUCUACCCGGAAUGCCCGGAAACCCUGGUCCUGAUGGUGCACCUGGCCGUCCUGGUACCACACCUAACGCGUCGUGCAUCCCAGAACGUGUCUUCGAGCCUCCACCAUGCUUGCCUUGCCCUCAGGGUCCUCGCGGAGUUCCUGGUCAUCCAGGUUUUCCAGGAGAUUCCGGAGAACCAGGACCAUUGGGACGACCUGGACUAGAUGGACAGCCUGGAAAAAUGGGUGAAGAUGGACCACCUGGAGAGGCCGGACAUCCUGGUCUACCCGGACCACAAGGAGACAAGGGAAUUACGCCGGAAGCUCACGUUAUCCCAGGCCCACCAGGAGACGCCGGAGAAACUGGACCAUGGGGACCACCCGGACACCCAGGUACGCCAGGCGAAGACGGCUAUCCAGGAUCACCCGGAGAGAAGGGCUGGCCAGGACCACCCGGAGCACCAGGACCAAUCGGACAACCAGGACAAAGUGGACCAACUGGAGAGCCGGGACCAUCUGGUACGCCUGGUACUUGCGUUUGUCAAGAUACCGAAGUUGUUGUGGCUGACCAAAAGGGAGCCGUACCUGCUCCAGCACCAGCUUCAGCUGGAAGAGAUUAUGCUGCUGACAAUGCGCAAGGAAGUGCUGAUUCAUAUGGUCCAGCUGCUGUGCCAGCUGACUCUUAUAGUCCAGCUAACGCGCCAGCCGAUGAUCAACAAGCUGCGGCUGGCUAUCGACGACGAUUCUAA